CGCUCGUUAUCCGUAACUUGGGGGGGCACGAUGGCGGCGGGCGCGCCGAUAUCGCCGUCCAAGGAGAGCAGCAUGCGCCGCGUGGCCGGCAACGACCGCUGCGCCGACUGCAACAAGGUGUUUCCGCAGUGGUCGUCUGUGACGUUUGGCGUCUUACUCUGCCUCGGUUGCGCCGGCGUCCACCGGUCGCUGGGCGUCCAGACGAGCUUUGUCAAGUCGCUUUCCAUGGACACGUGGACGGCGCGGGACAUUGCGCUCCUCGAGGCCGGCGGCAACGGCAAGUGGACCACCGUGUGCCUUGCCGCGGGUAUCUUUGAACGACCCAUCGCCGACAAGUACACGUCGUCGGUCGCCGACGCCUACCGCAAACGGAUGUCGGACGCGGCCGGGUGCCCUUUCUCGGCGCUGGACGUGCUCGCGGACCUCGGCAUCGACCCGCCCGCCUCGCUCGAUGCGCUGUGCUCGACGUUGCCGACGUCCGGACGCAGCAGCCCCGUCCGACGCUCGUCGCUCGCGUCGCUCGACGCGACAACAAUCAUCUCAGCGAGCGCGCCGGUGCGGGCGUCGUCCGAGUCGGCCAUCCGCCGCGAAUCGCUGACGAACCUCGAGGCGUCGCUUCAAGUCAAGUGCACGCUCUGCGAGGACCUCGUCGAUCUCUCGCACCUCAACGCCCACUCGCAGUCGUGUGCGACCUCUGCGUCCGUGGAAACCAUCGAGUUGGACGCCCGACUCGGGUCGGCGACAUCGCCUCUUGGCCUGAGCUUGACCAAGGACGAGCGCGGCGACACCGUGGUCUCCAAGGUGACACCGGGCGGCGACGCCGACGUCGCGGGCGUCGUCGUUGGUGCCCGCGUCAUCGCUCUCAACGGGUCGCUCAUGACCAAGUUUGACACGAUCAUGCAGAGCCUUGACGUGCCCCGGCCGAUCGGCGUCCGCUUUGCAAUCGACCGGCCGUUCGUCGCGUACGACGUGGUCCUCCACGCGACCGAAGUCGGCUGUACCUUCCAGACGUCCCUGUACAAACACGUCAUCGUGACGACUGUCGAGCCAAAUGGCCACGGCGCUGCUGCCGGCAUUCUCGUGGGGUCGCGCGUCUACCAAGUCAACGGCGAGGCCUACGCGGUGGCAUCCGACCUCCUCCGCGCCCUCUUGAAGGCGUCGCGCCCGCUCACGCUGCGACUGCACCGCUACGACGAUGCGCUGAUACGACCGUGGCACAACACUAACACGUGAGGUUGCAGGUGCUCGUCGG